AUGGCGCAGACGGCCAAGUUCGAUGACAGUGACUCGGCAGACGACCUUGGCAUUGUAAACGUGCCCAUGCCGCUGUCGCAUCGCGAGCCCUUCUCCUACCCUGAUAACCACCGCCACCGCUGCCCCGUCAUUCCGCCAGCAGCAGCAGGGGUGAUGAAGAGAGCAAAGUCGUUGAAGGCAAAACGUGCCAUUCGGCCACUCGCGUCGCUCCCCCCGGUACCCCCCGUGCCUGUGCUAGCGACAACAGGUAUCAGUGCUUCUCCCGUCGCGCCGCCAAAGAUGAUGGAGGCGACCGUCGUCGCUCUGCCCGCCAGAACGAGGUCGCGACCCAAGACGCUACUAAAGCGCAUCGAAGGAUGGUGGGAUUUGGGCCUUUUGGAUAAGAGGCAGACAUUGUUUCGAAGCCAGAGCAGAGGAAUGGCGGAACAACAAAAAGUGUAG